AACAGUUUCCCCCUCUUUGCGACCCCUUCCCCAACAGGGAGAAUCCAUCCAAGUCAGUUAAGAAAUUCUCUUUCAUCAUCAGAAGCAGUAUCAGAUUUACCCCCCUUGAAUUGUGGACAAGAACUCAGUGUGAGCACGAGUGAAGUUGUAGAACACGAUUGAAGUGCGGCUAUAAACAUGACGCUUAAUGAUUUUCGCCCCCUUCUCGGCCUUUUAGUGGGAUGUAUUUUGUGCGGGACACUCUCGGCCCAGAUGCACGGCAAUCAAGGGAUGAUGCCGCAGGUGACGCAGUUUUCCUCGGCGGGGGCUGUUGGAGGAGGAGCAGGCGAGACCGGAGUCAGUGUCUCAUCGGAGGAUGAUAUUGAUCCCGUCGAGAUGGAUGAAGGAAUGAUGUACUUGCGGAAGUUUGGCUACUUCGACGAUGACGACGAUGCCAACCCAGACCACAGGUCGUCCCCGCUCAACAUGGAGAAGGCCAUCUCUCACAUGCAGUACAAGGCGCACAUUCUGGUGACCGGGAAGCUGAACAAGGAGACAAUCGCCAUGAUGAGAAAGCCCCGGUGCGGGAACAAGGACAUCAACGGGGCAGCCGAGAGACUGCGCAGGCGCAGAAGGAGAUACUCCACCUCGGGGAGGAGAUGGAGGAGAACGAGUCUGACGUACAGCAUCGAGAACUUAACUGAGGAUUUACCCGCUAGCAUAACCAAAUCUGAACUUCAGAGGGCGUUUAAGACGUGGAGUGACGUCACCCCUUUGACUUUCCACCAGGUCCCGGCCGGUAACACCGCUGAUAUCAUGCUGCGGUUCGCCCACGGCCAGCACGGGGAUGGGUACGAGUUUGACGGCAGGGGUGGUGUCCUGGCACACGCUUUCUUCCCGGGAUCCCGGACCAUUGACGGAGACGCACAUUUUGAUGAAGGGGAGAUGUUCACAGCAAAUAGAGCUCACGGGACGAAUCUCUUUAUGGUGGCAGCCCAUGAGUUGGGACACAGCCUGGGACUCGGCCACUCCGAUGUGGAAACGUCGUUGAUGGCGCCCUUCUACCAGGGCUACAGGCACGGUUUCAAACUGGCCUCGGACGACGUCCGGGGAAUACAGAGUCUUUAUGGACCUAACCCCAGACCCGCUCCGGGCAAUCCCCCAAACCAGCCACCCCCAGGCAAACCCCAGCCCCCGAGGCCGCCAACCGGGCCAAACACCCCCUCUACCUGUGACAUCCACAUCGGGUCGGCAAUGAUGACAUCACCGACUGAAAUGAUGGUGAUCAGGGGGAAUCAGUACUGGGAUCUGAUUACCAAUGAGGCUCAACGAACUUUCUCCGUAGCCGGACCAGGCUUCCCGAAGCCGAUUACCACUCGCUUCCAGACACAACUGGCCACCGUGGACGCGUCAUACCAACGUCACGACGGAUCCUAUAGGCUGUUCUCAGGAAGGAAUUACCACGAUUUCAGUCCAUCGGGUGAACUCGUCCAGAAGGGUGUCAUCCGAGAUUUAUUCCGCCGUCGACAGCGCGCUGGAGCCCCACGAAGUAUCCAGGCCGCGGUGAUCGUACCACCCAACAAUAACCACGUCUUCUUGUUCAACGGGAGGCAGUACUGGAGGUUAAACGACGAGGAUAACCGCAUUGAUCAAGGGUAUCCUCAACCCCUGACGAGAUGGUCGCGGUCUCUCAAAUCGGGAUUCACAGCAGCCUUCUAUUCAAGUGGAUCAGUUUAUUUUGUAACUGGAAACACCUACCAGCAGUAUCUAUGGGAGUCUAGCAAGCUCGCCAUCCCACCGAACGGACAGCUGCCGAGAUUCGAUCGGCAGUUCUUCGGGUGUGGUAACAUCGUCGCCGGGACACCGGAGAACACCGGCAGCGGCCAAACCUCCGUUGCGCACGGUCGCACCUGGGCGCUUUUGCCCGCCAUGCUGAUGAUGUCAACGGCUGUAUGUCAUCAGCUUAUUAAAUAGAACUCUUCACUCUGCUGAGAUACAUAUGCCCUUUCCGAAUCCACGGCUUUGGCUUUGGAUUCGGCUUCAGGCUCCGUUCUCUCGUCUGAAGCCAUGACUAAACAGGUACGCUAAGCACGUGCAAUCAUGGUCAAAACAACUGAGCCGUGGAUUCGAAAAGGGCAUAAAAUACAGUAACAUGCGAAGUCAUUAGCCCAUCCAAUGAUCAACAGUUUACCACUGCGUAUAGCCAUGUUGGUCAGGAUCCCUGUAUACUUGAUUCGGAUUACAACCCUCGAUCGCUACAACACAAUGGAUCGACGACACGUAGAGAACAGACUAUCUAAAAAAUCUUUGCAGUCAUGUACAAACAUUUGUAUCUGAUGUCAUCACCCAUGAUAACUCUUGGUUGCGCCAUUUUAGGAGCAGACACCUCGUGUGUAGUGCAGUGCACCUUUUAUGCAGCAGAGGGCAGCCUUGUGUGACGUCAGUGCAAGGAGUGUAUAUGAAAGAUUAACGCCACCCAAAUCAAACUGAUGAAUGAAAUUAAAAACCAACUGAUGGCCUUUUCUGAAUUGGUCUUUAGCCCUAUCAGCCAUUGAAACCGCCUCCGGACUCCACAACAUUCUUUUUAAAUCCCAGUGGAAUCAGAACCAGGGUCAUUGAUCCAGAGUCAGAACCUCGAACCUCGAACCUCGACUGAGCAAAAGCCAGAGCCAGAAUGGUAACUGUAGAUGAAGCCAACAUGGGAAUUUAAGCCAGAGCCCUGUCAUUGAAUUUCUGCCCCCCCCCCCACCCCACCAUCCAUAUGGGAAAUUAACUUGACCUUGAGGAGGUGGAUUCAAAAGAGGGCGCUAUCAGAAGAAGUUUGUACACAGUUCGCCAUACGGGGGACAGAAACUCCUGGCAAGACCGGAUUAGGAACUGGAGCCGGAGUCAGAAAAGAGAACUAAAGUCAAAGCCAGAAACAGCAACAAGGGUCUCAGUCGGAACCAACCGGCGUCAAAGCCAGGACCGAGACAUCAAUAAAUAACGAAAACAUUAAUUUGUAACAAUCUGUAAAAUAAAUAAAUAAUAAA